ACUGAUGUUAUUGUAAAAUUCAUACAAUUAAAUACUACAUUUAAAUUCCUCUAUUUUGACCAAGGGUGUCACGCUCAGUUUACCUGGAGGUUUCAAACAAGCCUGAAGGACUCAGUUGGUUUAAUCAUGUGUGUUUAAUUAGGAUUAAAGCUAAACUGUGGCCCUCAAGGAACUAAGUUUAACACCUGUGCUAUGGACAAAAGAUGCUCUUAAAAUAUAGGUUCUAUAUUGGCAUCAGUGGUUCCAUGAAGAACCUUAACCCUUUUAGAGACAUUUAUCAUUGUUUAGAGACAUUUAGUGGUCCAUUUAAAGGGUUUUAACAGUAUUUGUUGUUGUGUUUCAUGUCUAAUUUUAAAUAUCUUAGAAUAAAAUUUCAAUAAAUCAAAAAAGGUGUAGUAAAUAACAUGGUCACAUUCAAACCUAAUUUCACCCAUUAAUAAUUUUCUUCACCCAUGGUGUUAAUAAAUUACAUGAUGAUCUUAGUUUGAAGUAAUUUUUAGUUAGUUUAAAUCUUUUCUUAGAUUUAUAAAACUGUAUAAACAACUUUGUCAGAUUCUAAAUGCAAAACUCCCACACAAUAUCAGUGAUAAGCAGAUUAAACUGACAAUAUUGUCUUCAUGUUUUUUGUGAAACAGGCUGCGGAAAAGAACAUGUUGCAGAUCCAGUCACGUGAAGUAAAAAGCAGCAUAUGCAAGUGCUGAAACGAGAGUGAGUGGCGAGGGGUGCUGGUGUUAGGAUGUUUGGGGGAGUGAGCUGAUGAGGGGACGAGGGGCUCUGGAUUGAAUUACAGCAUGACAGCAUUCCCAGCACCGCUGUGACACGCACUGAAGAAACUGACCUACAAACAGCUCGAAGUAUCAGAGGGAGGAGGACAGAGUUUACAGGAGAAAACACCUCCUGGGCUCAGAGAGUGGAGCGGGACAGUAGACGGACAGCUCAUGUGCGGUGUAGGUAGAGAAGAAACACGGAGAGUGUUGGCUAACUACUCUGGAGCUACAGUCAUAAGUGGCAGAGGGCUGAGGGAAGAGCAAAGAAGAAGAGAUGGACAAAGGAGAAGGAGAAGAAGAAUCGAACAGUAAAAUGGAGGACAAGACACAAACAGAGGAAGAGGUGAGCGAGAGUGACAAGAAGCUCAAGGACCAGCGCAACAAGGCCGAAAAGGGGGACAAAGAGAAGGGCGAGAAGAAAAGAGAGAACCGCAGGUCUGGCUCCACUUGGAGAGGAGGCUGGGCGCUGUCUGAGCGACUGGCCAUCAACGUAUCAGGCAUGCGCUAUGAGACACAGAUUCGAACCCUUGCCCAGUUCCCCGACUCUCUGCUUGGAGACCCUCGAAGACGUCUGCGCUACUUUGACCCACUGCGCAACGAGAUCUUUCUGGACCGAAACCGAUUCUGCUUUGAUGCCAUCCUGUACUUCUACCAAUCUGGAGGUCGGUUACGACGACCUGCCAAUGUGCCGCUAGACGUCUUCAUGGACGAACUGCGCUUUUAUGAGCUGGGAGAGGAUAUCAUGGCCCGCUUCAAAGAGGACGAGGGCUUCCCCAAGGAGGAGCCCAGGCCCCUACCAGAAAGUGAGUUCCAGCGCAAAAUUUGGAUGCUCUUUGAACACCCAGAGUCUUCUGGAGGUGCCCGCAUCAUCGCCAUCAUCAGUGUGAUGGUCAUCGUGGUCUCCAUCCUCAUCUUCUGUUUGGAGACACUGCCUGAUUUCAGAGUGGAGAAGGAGCAGAGAGAGGUCAGUGUUUGAUUGAAGCUUAUAAUAUUUGGUGCACUCAAAAAUGUGUUUUUGCUGCUUGUUAAAACUACUU